AUGUCCAAGGAUUGCCAGGAUUGUGAUAAUUAUAGAGGUGAGAUUAACAAACUAAAAAAUGAAAUUUACAUGAUCAGUAAAUCAAAUAUUAAUAGCCAAAGACUGCUUGAAGAAAAGUAUACAAUUCAGGUUGAACAGCUUCAAGAGGAAAAUCAUCAGCUAAGAAAAACUAUUCAAGAACACGAAGAGUACAAAUAUAAAUCAGAAAUUUAUUAUGAAGAGGUAAACAAAACCUUAAUUGUUGCAAAAUCUAAACUUAAGGAAUUACAUGAAAGAAUCAAACAUUUAGAAAAGAGUAACUCGGAAUUAGAAUCUAAAUAUAAUGAGACUAAAUCUCUAUUGUCUAUAUUAGUUGAACAUAAUAACCCAAAAUUCCCUAAUAAUGAAAUACCUAUAAAGGAAAAUCAACCCAAUUUUCUUUGCCAAUUAGAUUCCAUUUCUAUAUGA